AUGACCAAACUUAACCAAAAACCAACAGACCUGGUGAAUGACUUUGGAGGACUCAAUUUCGUGGAAGAUCCUGAUUCUCAGCUUAUCAUUGGCCUGGACUUCGGAACAACUUUUAGCGGGAUUGCUUAUAUCUUCACAGAACAAAACAAACCAGAUCCUGAAGCAGUGACAGACUGGCCAGGUACUGCAGGUUUAAAAGUGCCAAAAACACCGACUCUAAUCGACUAUACUGCUCCAAGUGGUGGUAAAUCAUUCUCAUGGGGCUCCAAGGUCAAUCCUACGAGUAAAGGCAGACUCGAAGGUAUCAAACUGCUUCUAGAUCCCGAUCAGCCUGUACCUCUCUAUGUACCCGCAUCAAAUACCAAAAAGGAGCUUGCUAAACUCGGAAAACCACCGCUGGAUGUUGCCACAGAUUACUUGAAAGCUCUCUAUCAACAUGCAAUGGGACACAUAAACAAUGCAUACCCAAAGGACUUCGUGGAUAUGCAACAGAAGAAAUUUGUUCUGACAGUUCCUGCUGUAUGGUCCGAUAAAGCUAAAGAUCUUACUCUAAAGGUAUGGACUCCGACCGUCGCGCAAGGCUUUAACCAAUUACUUUCACAGGCUGCUAAGAAUGCCGAUAUCCACCCAGUCGAGUUAAUCAAGGAACCAGAGGCUGCUGCAUUGUAUACGCUGCAUUACCUCAAAGGUCGAGCCCUUGCGGUGGGCGAUGCUUUCGUGCUUUGCGAUGCCGGCGGUGGUACUGUGGACUUGAUAUCUUACGAGGUCGACAAGUUCCGGGAACAGGUAACAGCAUCCAAAUCCGAUAAGGAGCAUCCAGCUAAGAACUUUGGAGGUGCGGUGGCUGGCUCUUUAAUUCUCAAUAAACGAUUCGAAGAAGCCGUGAAAAAUAUCGUCGGCGACGAGGAAUUCUUCGAAUUGAAGAAAUCGGAGGGAUUCGCCGAUGCAGUCAAGCAAUUUGACAGAGAAGUCAAGCCCGCUUUUUGCGGCGACACAGAUCAGGCAUGGAACGUGAAUUUUACAAUGGGAAAUUUGCAGGACGAUCCAUCAAACAACAUUCAAUCAAAUUGUCUUCGCCUGAAAUAUGAGAUGGUGCAUCAGAUCUUUGAGCCACUUGUUACGGCAAUCAUUCAAUUGGUAGCCGAGCAAGUUGCAAAUGUCAGAAUCAAGCGAAUGGGUUCGAAUCAUCCGAAAGGAAAAGAAAUCAAGGCGAUCUUUCUUGUCGGCGGUUUUGGGUCCAGUCAAUACCUGAAAAAGCGACUAGAAUUGGCAAAUACAGAUAUUCAAAUUAUUCAACCUCCUGAUGCAUGGGGUGCUAUCGUGAAAGGUGCUGUACUGAGCCAGAUGCCUCACCAAGCUGUGGUCACGGCGACAAAAUGUGUUCGGCACUACGGUGUAUCAGCAUCACAUCAAUACAAAGAGUCUGAGGAUGCGGGUCAAGAGAAGUGGUGGGAUAGCUAUGAAGGGUUUUAUCGAGUUCAAAAGAUGACAUGGUAUCUGAACUACGAUGAUGAUCUUGUUCGUGAAAAAAGAAUUGAAUUUGCCUUUUAUCGGUCACUACCCAAGGACUACCAGCCCGAGGAUCUGAUUUUCGAUGACCAACUCCUCGAGUGUGCACAGAUUGAUGCCCCAAAAUAUCCCACCGCAGGAGUAACGAAAGUUAAUGUCAAGCUCAGGUCAGACUUGAGAAAGGUACCGAAAGAGGCUUUCGAGCACAAAGUCACAUCAGGUGGUACUGCAUAUGUGGUGAUAUGGUACAAGUUAGUCAUUUCAACGAAGACUGCCUCAAUGGUGUUCUCUAUAGAAGUCAAAGGGAAGGAAUAUAGUAGCGUGGAAGCAAAAUACGACUAA